CGGUUCAACAGCACGAUGAAAAUACUUACCCUGAACAGCAACAUGGUAGGGUUGAUAUGGAUUCCUGAUACGAUCUUCCGCAAUUCCAAAACCGCAGAGGCUCACUGGAUCACCACCCCCAAUCAGCUCCUCAGAAUUUGGAAUGAUGGGAAAAUCCUUUACACUUUAAGGCUCACCAUAAAUGCAGAAUGCCAGCUCCAGCUGCACAACUUCCCCAUGGAUGAGCACUCCUGCCCGCUGAUAUUCUCCAGCUACGGCUACCCCAAAGAGGAAAUGAUUUACAGAUGGAGGAAAAAUUCGGUUGAGGCAGCUGAUCAGAAGUCCUGGAGGCUUUAUCAGUUUGACUUCAUGGGCCUCAGAAACACCACAGAAAUUGUGAAAACAUCCGCAGGUGAUUAUGUUGUCAUGACUAUAUAUUUUGAAUUGAGUAGAAGAAUGGGAUACUUCACUAUUCAAACAUACAUUCCUUGUAUACUGACUGUGGUUUUAUCCUGGGUAUCAUUUUGGAUCAAAAAAGAUGCUACACCAGCAAGAACAGCAUUAGGCAUCACCACAGUGCUGACCAUGACCACACUCAGCACCAUAGCCAGGAAUUCCUUGCCCCGUGUUUCCUAUGUGACCGCCAUGGACCUCUUCGUGACCGUGUGCUUCUUGUUUGUCUUUGCUGCUCUGAUGGAGUAUGCUACCCUCAACUACUAUUCAAGUUGUAGAAAGCCAGCUACCACUAAGAAAAAAACAUCGUUACUACAUCCAGAUUCCUCGAGGUGGAUUCAUGAACGAAUAAGCCUACAAGCCCCCUCCAACUAUUCUCUCCUUGACAUGAGGCCACCACCACCUGCCAUGGUUACUCUAAACAAUUCCGUGUACUGGCAGGAAUUGGAAGAUACCUGUGUCUAUGAGUGUCUGGAUGGCAAAGACUGUCAGAGCUUCUUCUGCUGCUAUGAAGAAUGCAAAUCAGGAUCUUGGAGAAAAGGGCGCAUUCACAUAGACAUCUUGGAGCUGGACUCAUAUUCUCGGGUCUUUUUCCCUACAUCGUUCCUGCUCUUCAACUUGGUCUAUUGGGUGGGAUACCUGUAUCUCUAA